CUCUAAUGUGGACCAUGCAGAACUGGCCCAGCCUAUAAAUAAUGCUGACAAAUUUCAGAGGAAGAGAACACUGAACCUGAAGAAAACAGGCAUUGUGAAAUGAAGACAAAUACUGCUGGAAGGUGGUUUUUCCUAAAAGUCAUGCCGGUGUUGCUGUUGUUGGCUCUGCUGUGUCCAACCUCGGUCUCCUCUUCACAGUCUGCAAUAGACUUGUGUGGGCCUGAGGUUGCUGUUCUCAAACACAACAUAAGGAAACUGGAAAACAGCCUUUUGAUCACAACAUGGCAGGUCGAGCACUUGCAGAUGCACAAAUAUUUCCGGCCAUUUCAGCCUGCUGCGUCUACCAGUAAACCUCAAACAGAUUCAGCUCCUCAUAACACCAGUGCAGCUGUAGAUGGACAGGAUACGAAGUUGAUCAAACCCCUUCCACCAGCAGGCAAUUUAAUUGUCUAUGAUAAAGACUGUUCUGAACUGUUUGACAGACAGAAACCAUCAAGCGGUUUCUAUCGCAUCAGACCCAAAUUAGACCAGGAGCCCUUCUUGGUCUACUGUGAUAUGGAUGAUGGAGGAGGGUGGACAGUGUUUCAAAAACGGCGGCAUGGAAGAGUUGAUUUUAACAGAGACUGGGUGGACUACAGAGAUGGCUUUGGCGACUUCAAACAGUGGAAUGAUGAGUUUUGGUUGGGGAAUGAACACAUUUACUCUCUGCUCUCAGAAGGUAAGAACCUUGUGAAGAUUGAACUAAUGGACUGGGAUGGACAAAGAAGUUACGCAUUUUAUGAUAACUUCAGGAUCACUGACGAGGCUGAUAAAUAUCGUCUUCAGUACGGACAGUACAGCGGGCCAGCAGGAGAUGCUCUUAGCGGAAGCAGGAGCGUGGUGGAGCAGUGGUCUUCUUCCCUCAGUGGCAUGCAGUUCAGCACCAGGGAUCAGGAUAAUGACCGCUACCUCCAGGGAAGCUGUGCCCAGGAGAAUAAGGCAGGUUGGUGGUUCAACAGAUGUCAUGAAGCCAACUUAAAUGGAAAAUUCUAUCGCAGAGGGAAGUACAAGGCCAAUUAUGAUGACGGUAUUGUGUGGGGGACCUGGAAGGGCCUUUGGUAUUCACUUAGACACACCACCAUGAAGGUGCGACCUCUGGUUUUCUUAGACGCCGUGGGCAGCGGAGCGGGCGAAAUUUAAAAACCUUCCACAAGGCUAAAAAAAACAAGUGCAAACAUUCUCUGGCAUGUUUAAAUUCUUGAUGUUUUAAUUUCUUCCUUUGCUUUUUUUUGUGUCAAUUUAUCAAAUAUGCCUACUUUCCAGUAAGCAUUUAUUUCUAUAAAGUGUAUAUUAAUCAAACAUUAAAACAAACAGCAUU